AUGGGAUGUGCUGGUGAAGAGCCCUUUAAUGGCAUCGAUGGAUCAGUUGGAGGGUUAGUAUGGGUUCGGAGGAGGAACGGGUCAUGGUGGCCGGCCCGGAUUGUCGGCCCGGAUGAACUUCCGGACGGUUGUUUGCCUGCACCAAGAUCAGGAACCCCUGUGAAACUCCUUGGUAGAGAGGAUGCUAGCGUGGAUUGGUACAACCUCGAGAAGUCAAAACGUGUGAAAGCCUUUCGCUGUGAGGAAUACAAUGACUGCAUAGAGAAGGCAAAGGCAUCCACAUCCCAUCUCUCUAAAAAGGCGGUCAAAUAUGCCCGACGAGAGCAUGCUAUACUUCACGCCUUGGAGCUUGAGAGUGCCUGCCUGGGGAAAGAUUUUCCAAGUUUAGCCCCCUUGAAAAAUCCUACCGAAAUUGGUGAACCCCAUCAGAAUAUGCGGUCACCCUUGAACGAACAAAAUCAAGAAGAUUUCAACAAAAAUUCAAGUGAUUCUUGGGACGAAUCAAACUCGGCACCUGAACUAUCCCAAUCUGGGGUCUCUUUCGAGGAGCCGAAAACUUGUUUGGACGAAAUUAAGGAAGAUUGUAAACUGAAAAAGGUCCCGGACAACUCAGAGGAUGAAGGGUUUGAAGGAGUGAAAAAACGUAUGAGGGGGCUUGAGGACUUGGGCAUGUGCGUGGGGUCCUCGCCAGGGAAGAAGAGGCCUCGAGUGGGCCGUGCUUCAGAGGUCUUGAAAAAGAAGAACAAACGUCGAACUCUGUCAAAAGUGUUGGAGUGCACACCGAUGGUCUGUGUGCCUGUCGUGUGUGAACAUUUUUCCAGCCCGACUGAGCCUUGUGUUGUGGCUGACAGCAAAAUACCAGGAACCAAAUCAAAUGAGUCUAAUAAGAUGAACAAUAAUAAUAACUCUGAUAGCACGAUCACUGGAGUCUCGUGUGAGAAUGUGGUCUCGUUGAGUAUAAUGUCCAGGAAUAAUGGAGAUGAUUCUAAGACGAAGGAGAAUGAGAUUUCGAGUGUGGUCGGAGUAGUUUGUGAGGACGGGUCCUGCGGGAGGUUGUUCGAUGUACCACUUGUUACUGAAGAAAAGCAGCAAUCGGAAGAAAAAGCCUCCCACUGGCAGUCGAAGGGAAAACGCAACUCCCGGCCAAGGAGAACCGAACCCGACUCCGGCCAGCCCGAGUUAGUAGUACCUUUGGUGGGCCCCACUCGAGACACCCUCCGACAAAUCUGGGCCAACGAGUUCCGCAACUGGAGCUGGGACUCCGGGGGCCCGAAAUCUCACUUGUGGGCCCCACAGAGGCCCGGUUUGCCGGUCAGCAACCUGAAGAAUGACUCGUCUGACUUUUACGACGGGCCUGAUUUGUAUGAUGUGAAUGUGGAGGUUCGGACGGGCUGCGCCCGGGCCCAACGCGUCCCGUACAUCUCGCUCAUGAGCAGGCUCAACGGGCGGCCUGUGACGGGCCACCCUAUUUCGGUCGAGGCCUUGGAAGAUGGGCUUUGCGAUGUUUUGUUGCUCAGCUCGAAGCCCAAAUACCACAUCAGCAGCAGCUCUGAGCUGGACCUGUCUGAAUUCCGGAGGCCACGCGGCAAGAGCAGGUCUAAGUCGAAACUGAAGAGAAACGGGCCCAAAAAUGGGCUUUCGUCCAAGAAAAUUAGGAAGCUGUCCUCUUUGACGGGCUGCAACAAGCAGAGCCAGCGCGAGAACAAGCCCGUUUUGGAAAAGCUCAAGGGCCCAUCCAUAGCUUGUGUCCCGUUGAAGGUAGUUUUCAGUAGGAUUAACGCGGCCUUGACUGGUUUGGCUCGACCCACGCCUCCUCGUGUGAUGGGAAUGAGCGGCACUUGA